ACGAGACGUAACCAGGCGGGGCUUGUGAGUGGAGCAGAGUUGAAUUGUUUUGUCCCUCUCCGCCCACCAUAUGAAAACUUAGACGGAGAAGGUCACAGAUAUGGCUGCUGUCAGGAUGGGAAAACUGAUAACCAUACCUGCAGGUCUGAUGUGUGCAUCUAUAAGUGUACAUGCAGCCAAAGAAGAAGAAUUGAAAAAGCAGCUAGUAAAACCAGAGCAGCUCCCCAUAUAUACCACACCACCUCUGCAGUCUAAAUAUGUUGAAGAGCAGCCUGGUCAUUUACAAAUGGGCUUUGCAUCCAUCCGUAAAACAACUGGUCAUUAUAUUGGCUGGUGUAAGGGUGUUUAUGUCUUUGUGAAAAAUGGGAUAAUGGAUACCGUACAAUUUGGAAAAGAUGCUUAUGUCUAUCUGAAGAAUCCACCUAGAGAUUUUCUUCCAAAAAUUGGAGUGAUUACAGUUUCAGGAUUAGCAGGCUUGUUUUCAGCAAGAAAAGGUUCCAGGUUUAAGAAAAUUGCUUAUCCCUUGGGACUGGCCACUUUAGGAGCAACUGUUUGCUACCCAGUUCAGUCAAUAAUAAUUGCAAAGGUAACUGGGAAAAAGGCAUAUACUACAAGCCAGCAAAUUUAUGAAGCAGUUAAAUCAUUGUGGACAAAAAACAACAAAAAAGAGUCACUCCCUAAACCUAAAGAAAGAACUAAGAUAGAAAACUCUGGUGAAAUAGAAAUAUCUGCAAAAACAUCUCACAACCUGAAAUUUUCAGUGCCUUUGUCAACAGAACUCAUCUUUGAAACAAAGACAGAAUCGGAAUCUACCUCAGGGCAGGAGUCAUUUUGGACUGGUGCAGGUCACUGCCAGAGCUGCUUGAAUAAGACAUGGCAGGAGCUGCUUUGGGACUCCUGCUGAAUGAAGCAGGUUUGACAGAGUGGAUCCACAGUGGAAUGUUGGGUGGGAUGCAUGGUAUUUGUAAAGUAGAUGCAAUCUACCCCCUAUUACCUGCAAGUCUCCAGCUAUCUAGGGUGGGAGGUAAGCGGUGGGGGGGGGGGGGGAGCACAAGGAGAGAAAUGGUUCCCAGCACCUCUUUUAUUCUUUGAGUAGUCUCCCAAAGAUCUCUGCCCCUCUAGCACAUAUUCUGAGAUUUGUAAAUAAAUCUUCUGGGAUACCCCAGGCACUUUUCACACUGCUGCUUCUAUAUUGUAUCUGGUGAGGUUGUUUGUUAUACUGUCUCUUUAAGGUUGGGGACUCAGUUUCCUAUUUCCCUUUUGCUCUCAGUACUAAUCCCACUGAUUACUAAAGUUCUUAGAGUUAAGCCCAGCUGGUUGUAAAAACUCAGGAAGUUAAGUCCCAUGGUUUUCAAAGACAAAUGUUAGGGGGAUUUGUCUUCAGGGCAGAUUCCCCCAUGCCUGGGCUCCCUUCUGUUUGCUUAUGGUGUCCCUCUCACUUGUGUUUAGUCUCCCCAGAAUUUGGUUCCUGACCUUAUCUCUGCCUGUCUCAUCCUUUUAAAUGUGGCCUUCUCUCUUUGAAUAACUGUGGAAAGUCUGUUCUGCUAGUCUUUGGGUCAUUUUCUGGGUUGGUUGCACUGAAGUAGCUGGUAUCUAGGUGUGUUCCUGGGCCAAAGUGAGCUUAGGAGGUUCCUACUCCUCCAACUUCUAGAAGUCAUUUUUAUGUUAUUCUUAUAUUCAUACCAUGGACCUAUUUUAUGGGUAGAAUUGCCUUCUAAUCUCCCUUUUGCUUACUUCUGCUUUAUAGCAGAGGUAUGUAGUAUGGUUGUGGAUUAUAUAGAAAUCAAUUUUUGGUUACAUAUAAUUCAAAUAUAAUUUAUAUGAGUAUCUGAUUUGAAAAUCUAGUUUAGUUGAAACAAAAAGAGUAAGUACAUUUUGAGGCUAUGUUCAGAAUGUGAGAAAAAUUAUCCAAUUUAUACCCAAUUAAAUAAUAUUUAAUGAAGAAAAAGAUAGUAUAUAGAAUACCGAUACUAAAUGUAAUACAUACCUGACUUAACCUUUUCAGCAUUUCUGCUCCAAUACCUAGACCUUUAAAUAGGUAAUAGGAAAUGAACCAUGAGUUGAAAAAAUCCACUUAACACAUUUAUUUACUUUAAUCUUAAAGAAGUAAAAUUUAAAACCUGUAUCUGGCCAUUAUAUAUUCUUAAUAGCUUGUGUUGAAACUCUCAUUAAUGUAUUAAUUUUUUUCCUAAUUUUAAUGAGGUUCCAAAGGUAAUAGAAAAGAUUUUGGAUUUAUUUUAAAGAUUGGUGAAGCAGAAAUGAGACCCUGACACUAUCAUAAUAUAGUAUAUUUCUUAUUCACUUUUAGACAAAACAACCCAAAAUAUAAAAGCAUACUUUUUAAAGAUAAAAGGGUAGCUAUGAUAAUUUGGCUUAUUCAAGCCUUGAUGGGAACUAAUAAGAAAGUAUUUUUCUAACCUGUGAUUGAGUUUUCACCAUAUGCGGGGAUAACUAGAAUAGUGAUCAGGUUCAUGAAAUAGAAGCGAGUUACAUAAACUAACUUAAACACCAUAUUUGUACUGAAACCCUAUCUCUACUCUUUAAAAUAUACCAUUUUAAUUUUUAAACUAUAAGUAAUAUAUAAGUGUAGCUUGACCUCGGUAAGCUUGUAUGACAUAAAAGUCCUCUAGGUAAAGUAACUUGCCAAUCCAGGGGUCAUACAUAAAGUGUUACAUGGCAAAUCCAAUAGUCAUUUUGCCUAGAAAAGGGAAGAGAGGGUACAACGAAGUUAAUGCUUUAAAUCUUACAGUGUUCUUUCUUCUAAAAUUGAAUAUCUUAGUGUUUUCUUUAGCUAUUAAACUAAUAAAAGCUUACUGGACAAAAUUUCAAUACAAAAAUAUAUAAUGUAGGCUUAGGCCCCUUAUAACACAAUCUUUAAAAGAUAAGCCAUCUUUUAACAAUGUAGAGUAUAUUCUUCCAAUUUUUUUCUAUGCAUAUACAAACAUAAAUAUAUACCACACAUUUUCUUUAAAAAAAAAACAAACCCUGAGUUUAUGUACUUAUAUUCUUCUCUGUUUAAUAGUAAUCAUAUGCUAUCAAACUGUUCUUCAUUUUCAGGGUAGAGAAAGUAUACUACAGAUUAAAUUGGAGAAGGAUUUCUUUUACCUGAUGGUUUUUGUUGGUUGUGUACUUCUGCAAUCAGGCAAUAGAAAAGGGGAUUGUUCCCAAAGCCAUCCCCGAGUAAAUCUGAAAUAUUAAUUCAUAUACAAUAUGUUAGAAAGUUUAUAGUAGAGGAAAGGAAGAUGGUAGAGUAGACAGCAUCAGGAAUUCAUCUCUUCACCUAUACAACUGUACUGGCAGAACCUGAAGUAAAUAUUUUGGAACUCCAGAGUUUAUUUGAAUACUUGAAGCUUCCAGAGGGCAGCUUGGCUGGUAAAUUGCAGUUAAUUUUGGUCAAAUACAGCCAUCAUCCCACUGGUGGCUUCCAAGCUUCCCCUGCCCUGCUUGCCUCAUGGCAGCAGCUGUAGGGACAGCAACUUGAAUUGCUGAGUGGUUUGCUAGAGCCAGGGUAGGCAUUAGGGAACUUAUCCUCCAAAUAUUGGAGUUCUGUGUUCUUACCAUGAAUUGCUAUUCUGAAGGCUGAGGUUAGAGCUUUGAAGUUAGCCAUCAUUCUUCCAAUCUCCACCAAAUAAAGCAGCUUCCAGAUGUAAAAGGAGCCACACCUGUUUUGUUUAGCAUUCAAAACCAACCACAUAUACAGAGAAUCUAGAAAGCUACCAUGCAUGACAAGGGAAAGAUACAGAAAAAAACCUCAGAACACCGUAAACAUUCAGAACACCGUAAACAUUUAACUCAGGCUGAUCUCUGACACAGAGACACCAAAAACAAUUAAAAAGCAAAACAAAACAAAAAAA